CUUCGGUGCGGUGCAGCACAUCCGUGUGUAUAUGCGCUCGCUCUGCCUCUCAGCCCUGGUCGCGUGCGCGUCUGGCCUCAACCUCUUCUCGCAGUUCAUGAAGCCCACCCUGCCCGGCUUUCCAGCCUCGGCAAAGAGCGUCGCCGAGGUGCUCGCCCGGCCGGACUGGACGGCAGAAUUUCCGUUCGAGGCUGCGGACUUUGCGCGGCAGGACGAGAGCACCGACACGCGCUUCUACGACCUGCCUCGCUUCUGCUUCCACGUCGACGAGGCUGCGGUGGCGGCCCUGACCGAGCACUACUCGACCGCCUUUCGCGAGUGGGAGGCGCCAGAUAUCCUCGACAUCUGCGCGUCGCACGUCUCCCACUUCCCGGCCGACGUGGCGGAGUCCUCCGGCCGCCGCGUCGCGCUGGGCAUGAACGAGGAGGAGCUCGCGAGGAACGGCCAGGUCACGGAGUACGUCGUCAAGGACCUCAACGUUGACCCGCGGCUUCCGUUCGAGGACAACUCCUUCGACGUGGUGACCAACGUCGUGAGCAUCGACUACCUCACUCAGCCGCUCGAGAUCUGCAAGGAGGUCGGGCGCGUGCUCAGGCCGGGCGGCGCAGCGAUGUUUGCCCUCUCGAACCGCUGCUUCCCCACCAAGGCGGUCAACAUCUGGCUGCGCACAAACGACCUGGAGCACGUGCACAUCGUCGGCUCCUACUUUCACUACGCGGGCGGCUUCAAGCCUCCCUCGGCAGUGGAGGUCUCGCCGAACCAGGACUCCACGCCCUGGCAAGGUGGCACCUCGCAAAACAUCGCAUACCUUGCCGUCGUGAAGGCCACUGUAGAUAAGUGAGGU